ACAGGCUUUAGUUUCCCAACACCAGCUCUCUGAUUCUUUAUUCUGUUCAAACAGGAUCUCAAGAGUUUUGGGGUUUUUUUACUGUUCUGCUCUUUAGAUUGUACUAUUAGUUCUGGUUUUGAUUAUUUUUUUUAAACACAUCAAAAGAUGAGGAUGGUCUCAGAGGUGAACAGUUCUGGUGAUGUUGCACCCUACGGAGGAAAAAGUGCUUUCAGCCAAAUGGAGCACAACAUUGUGGCUGGAUAUCUGAUAACUGCAGGUGUCAUCAGUUUGGCCAGUAACAUCGUAGUUCUGCUGAUGUUUGUAAAGUUCAGGGAGCUCCGCACAGCCACUAACUUCAUCAUCAUCAAUCUGGCCUUCACUGACAUUGGAGUGGCUGGUAUUGGUUAUCCCAUGUCUGCUGCCUCAGAUAUUCAUGGAAGCUGGAAGUUCGGCUACACCGGAUGCCAGGUAUAUGCAGCCCUCAACAUCUUCUUUGGCAUGGCCAGCAUCGGCCUACUGACUGUGGUUGCUAUUGACCGCUACCUCACCAUCUGCAGACCAGACAUCAGUCAGAAAAUGACUGCUAGGUCUUACAACAUCCUUAUUCUGACUGCCUGGCUGAAUGCUGUGUUCUGGUCCUCCAUGCCUAUAGUAGGCUGGGCAAGUUAUGCCCCUGACCCCACUGGAGCAACAUGCACAAUCAACUGGAGACAAAACGAUGCCUCCUUCAUCUCCUUCACGAUGGCCGUGAUUGCAGUAAACUUUGUGGUUCCUCUAACUGUCAUGUUUUACUGCUACUACAAUGUGUCUGUCACCGUGAAGAGGUACAAAACCAGUAACUGCCUGGAGAGCAUCAACAUUGACUGGUCUGACCAGAUGGAUGUCACCAAGAUGUCUAUUAUAAUGAUCAUCAUGUUUCUGGUUGCCUGGUCUCCCUACUCCUUGGUUUGCCUCUGGGCAUCAUUUGGUGACCCAAAGACCAUUCCUGCCCCGAUGGCCAUUAUUGCUCCUCUCUUUGCAAAGUCCUCAACAUUUUACAACCCCUGCAUCUAUGUUAUUGCCAACAAAAAAUUCAGAAGAGCCAUCAUUGGGAUGAUUCGAUGUCAAACAAGGCAACGGAUUACAAUCAGUACACAGGUUCCAAUGACAAUCUCCCAGCAGCCUCUGACCCAGUAAUUUAAGGCCUAUAUUCCUAAUCC